CUCUCUAAAUGACAGAUAACACAAGAAGUUUUGAAAGAGAAUGAAGAAUUUGAAGCUAGCAACCAGCUUAUGUAGCAAGAUAGAAGAGGCAGCUGGUGCCCAGUGUGUAGAUGUAAACUUUGACAAUGGCACGAUUUACAUUGCUACAGAUAGACAACUUCUAGAAUGUGAUCCAGGUUCAGGAACGAUAAGUGGGAAGUUGGACCUGGCAAAUGUUCCUGAUCAAACAUCUGAUGCAACAUUUAUAUCAAUCCGUCAUUUACCAGAAGAAUUUUCUGUCUGUGCUGCCACAAACAAGGGUGACUUGUUGCUAUGGAAUGUUUUGUCACAUGAGGUAGAAUGUGUGGGAACUGUGGAGUCCGGGCUCACAGCUAUGUCGUGGAGUCCCGAACAGGAAUUGGUGAUCCUUACCACAGGUGCCCAGACAUUGAUCGUGAUGACACGAGAGUUUGAUCCAAUAACUGAGCUUAGUUUACAUCCAGACAACUCGGGCGAAGCUGAGUUUGUACAAGUUGGGUGGGGGAAGAAGGAGACACAGUUUCAUGGAUCAGUGGGCAAACAAGCUGCACAUGUUAGGCCUGAUGAGGUGACGCCAGCAUUGAUGUGGGAUGAUCAUAUACCUAGAAUAUCGUGGAAAGCUGAUGGGCAGUACUUCGCAAUAAGUUCUAUACAUCCACAAACAGGUGCUCGUAAGGUUCAUGUAUGGACAAGAGAGGGAGCACAUCAUUCUACCAGCGAGGAUGUAAAUGGUAUUGAACAGUCUCUUUCCUGGAGGCCAAGUGGAAAUUUGAUAGCAACGUCCCAGAGACGCCCUAACAAACAUGACAUUGCAUUCUUUGAGAGAAAUGGUCUACGGCAUGGAGAAUUCACUUUACCAUUCCCAGUUGACCAAGUGAAGGUAAAGGAAGUUUACUGGAACAAUGACUCUACUAUACUUGCCGUCUGGUGUGAAGAUCUGGCAGACGGGAACAAUGUGAAAUCUUAUGUGCAAUUAUGGACUACAGGGAACUAUCACUGGUAUCUUAAACAGAGUUUACAUUUUGAGGGCCCUGAACAAAAGAUAGGUGCUAUGAUAUGGGACCCGGAACAAGAAUAUAAGCUGCAUAUAGUGUGUAAAAAUGGAGGGUAUUUUCAAUAUACUUGGGCCUGGGCCACAACACAUAGUGCAGGUAGAAGCUGUGAUGAUCAGGCCAUAGUAGCUGUGAUUGAUGGAGCAAAUGUCUUGAUGACACCAAUGCGGCACAUGGUAGUCCCUCCCCCAAUGUCAGCCUACGAAUUACAGUUACCAGGAAGUGUCAAUCAAGUGGUGUUUGCUCCGCCCCCGCUGUCAAAUAAUAUUGCAGUUAUACUUGUUGAUAACAGGGUUGCCAUAUUCAAAUUCACUGAGACUGGUAAAUCGGGGUCAGAGGUCAAAGUUAAUGCAGCUGGAGGAAAUGGGUUUAAAAGAUGUUGUACAUUUCCUUCUCUACAAGGAAUUUAUAGUAUCAAAGGAUUAGGUGAAGAUUGUGGGUAUCCACUGGCAACAUCCCAUUUUACGUGGAUAUCUGAAGAUAUUAUACUGUUUACAACGGUGGCCACAUCUGGGUCACCCCAUUCUAUAAUCCAUAAAGCACAGAUAGACAAUGAGAAAAUAACUGUCAUAGGAAGUUCAGCGGUAGAAUCUAGGAUAUUUAAUACAGCAUAUGACUCGUGCAGUAAAUGUUUAGCUGUACAACUAAUUGAUGGGACUGUUCUUAAAUAUACACCAGAGGAUGAGAUGUUGUUACCAUGGGAGACAACUGAUGGCAUUGAAGUGCAGUUUCCUUCUCAUUGUUCACAGAUGGCGCUCUGUCACAUUGGAGGGGAGACAUGUGUCUUGGGAUUAACUCAGAGAUACAGAUUUAAUGUCAACAAUAUUGAGGUUGCCAGUAACUGUACUUCAUUCUCUGUACAUGAUGAGUUCUUGUUGUUGACAACGUUGUCCCAUACAUGUAGAUGUAUCACCUUGCAUACCAAGGUCAAAGAUCUGCCCACAUUGUCAGAUGGUAAGGCUCAUCCAUUUGAUGAGAGUGUACGUCGUGUAGAAAGAGGUUCUCAAAUUGUUAUUUCUGUAGCAGACGACACUAAACUCAUACUUCAGAUGCCUCGAGGUAAUCUGGAAACCAUUCACCCUCGAGCUCUUGUUCUCACAGCUGUACGUAAACAUCUUGACAGGUUACAGUACGUUGAGGCGUUUACCAUCAUGAGGAAACAUAGAAUUAACAUGAACCUGUUGUAUGAUCACAAUCCGGAAAUGUUCUUACAGAAUAUCAAACUAUUUGUACAACAGAUUGCUGCUGUCAAUCAUAUUAACUUGUUCCUCACAGAUCUUAUCGAGGAAGAUGUGACAGUAACAAUGUAUACAGCAGCCUAUGAGAGGAAUAAGAUUACGUCUGCUGGUAAUGGGUCUACUGUAGAAGGUAACAAAGUGGAUAAAGUAUGUGAUGCAGUCAGGGAGGCCCUUAAAUCCAUCAGUGAAAACAAAUACAUGUUGUCCAUCAUCACAACGUAUGUUCGGAAAACUAAGCCUCAACUGGAGGAAGCUCUUCAGCUAGUAAAAAAUCUCAGAGAUUGUGAGAAUGAUCACCGGGAGAGAAAUGCGGAGGAGACAUUGAAAUAUCUUCUAUUUCUGGUGGAUGUUAACGAGCUGUAUGAUGUAGCACUCGGUACCUAUGAUUUUGAUCUAGUUCUCAUGGUGGCUGAAAAAUCACAAAAGGAUCCAAAGGAAUAUAUUCCAUUCAUGAAUCAACUGAGAAAAUUGGAGACAAACUAUCAGAGGUACACAAUAGACAAACAUUUAAAAAGAUAUACUAAGGCCCUGGAAAAUAUUGUCAAAUGUGGCCCGGAACAUUUCAGUGAAUGCUUGUCAUUGAUCAAUGAGCACAAAUUACAUACUGUGGCUUUACAACUGUACCUUUCCUCUACUACACAAUAUAAGGAAAUAGCAAGUUGCUAUGGAGAUUUACUGGCUGGUAAACGUCAACAUGAGGAGGCGGCCAUUAUGUUUGUCAAGGGAGAGAAUUGGGAGUCGGCAUUAACUUCAUUUACAGCCUGUCACCAAUGGCAACAGGUGUUCUGUAUGACAUCACAAUUAAACUUCUCUUCAGAACAGGAGGUUGAAACAGCCAGACAGAUCGCAGAUGAUUUAAAGACAAGAGGCAGACAUUCUGAGGCUGCUAUAGUUCUAGAACAAUAUGCUAAGGAUUCAGAAGAAGCAAUUGUGACAUUAAUACAGGGAUGUUUAUGGGACGAGGCACUUCGUAUGAUGCACAAGUAUAAGAGAACUGACUUUAUUGAGACAGAUCUGAAAUCUCAUUUAGUUGAUAGCUUUGAAGGUCAUGUCAAUAACCUUGAUCAAAUGAAGGCGAACUUUGAGAAAUAUCGGUCCAGACUGGCUGCUGUUAGACAGGAGAAGGAAAAAGCUAGACUAGAACUUAUUGAAAGUGGUGGAGCAGGUAAUGUACAAGACGCUGAUUUAUUCUCGGACACAAGUAGUGCCACGGGGGAGAGUAUACAGUCAUCUAGAUACUCUGCUGAAACUUCUAGUUCUGCUUACAGUAAAAUGUCGGGUCGUUCCAUCAAGAACCGCCGCAAAGCUGAACAUAAGAAAUGGAGGCUGAAAGAAGGGAGUGAAUUUGAGGACUUUGCUCUGAUAGCUGAAUUGGCUAAAAUCAUAAAAUAUGUUGAUGGAUUAAGAGAUGAAAUGAGGUCAUUAGUGCGGGCAUUGGUGAUGUUUCACUAUGACAGACAAGGGGAACAAAUACAGAGACAAUAUGACAACUUCCUCUCAUUGAUAGAUAAAUCUCUACCACAGAUCUGGCUGGAUGAGGAGACAGAUCAAGAAUUUACACCUGUUCUUGGGCCAAACACGACAGCAAAUACAAUAGCUCUUGCCAUGCAGCAGGGAAAAACUAUACAAACAGCAGAUAGGGAAGAUAAAUUAGAUCCUGUGAUAAAAUUUGCGCCAGUUUUACAGAAAGAUGUGAAGUGGAAAUUAUACGCUUUAGAGACUUGAUUUAUAAAUGAUUUAUAACAUUGACAACUUUGAGUGGUUGGAGAAAUAAAAUAUGUAUUAAAGUGAAA